GAAACCCUCCUCCCGGGUUUUUUGGGCUCCAUGGCAACAGUAAAGCUUCGGGUAGCGCGAGCUCUCGAGUUGUUAGUCAGACUUCCUUCGGGAGGCGGGUCCUAGAACCGGGCUAUGCGUGCGCAGUGAGGUCGUACUUAUCCGCGUGGAAGCUGGGGUUGUCUAGCUGUUGGGAGGCGAUCUUCCCACCAAUAUUCCAGGUCCGUUACUUCAGCCUCCAACUCCUGGGAGUGUACUGUUUGGGGAGGGCCAUGUCCCGGCUCCCAGCCCCAGGCUCUGUGAUUGUCCCUGACUGGCACGAGAGCGCAGAGGGCAAAGAGUACUUGUCGUCCAUCCUUCGGAAGAACCGGCGAAGGGUGUUUGGGCUGCUCGAGAGGCCAGUUCUACCUCCCCAGGUGGCUGCAGACACUGCAGGCUACAAGAUCUUUGUUUCUGGGAAGAGUGGGGUCGGGAAGACGGCCCUUGUGGCCAAGUUGGCGGGCCUGGAGGUUCCUGUGAUACACCAUGAAACAGUGGGCAUCCAGACAACAAUAGUGUAUUGGCCGGCCAAACUGCAGGCCAGCGACCGAGUGAUCAUUUUCCGCUUCGAGUUCUGGGACUGUGGAGAGGCAGCACUCAAGAAAUUCGAUCACAUUCUGCCCGCCUGCAAGGAGAAGACAGAUGCCUUCCUCUUCCUCUUCUCCUUCACUGACCGUUCCUCCUUUGAGGAUCUCCCGGCUCAACUUUCCCGGGUUGCUGGAGACGCUCCCAACACUGUCAAGAUGGUGAUCGGCUCUAAGUUUGACCAAUACAUGCACACUGAUGUUCCCGAGCGGGACCUCACAGCCUUCCGCCAGGCCUGGGAGCUGCCCCUGCUGCGGGUGAAGAGCGUCCCUGGGCGCCGGUUGGCUGAUGGGCGCACCCUGGAUGGGCGGGCCGGACUGGCAGAUGUGGCGCAUAUCCUCAACGGCCUGGGGGAGCACUUGUGGCACCAGGACCAGGUGGCAGCUGGGCUGAUCCCUGGCCCCCAGGAGACCGCUCCCGAGGAGGGGCAGGGCUGAGGUGCUCCCGGAAGUAGGGCUUGGCCUGGCAUUCCUGCCAGGGGAAGAACUGGCAUGUAAUCUGGUGACACAGAAAGAAUACAGCUGGGCAGAAGGGCUGAGCCAGAGUCCCAGCCCCCACUCUUCCUAGUGUGACCUUGAGCAAGUCCUUUCACUUUGACUCCUAACUCUGAUUUUCUGCUCUAUAAAAGGGAAAUGUACCUCCACUGCCUCCCUCGCAAGGAGGUUGUUGGGAAUGCAUUUACAGGCUUUAAGUCGUGAUAGAAAGGUGAAGGGCUGAGAAUGAAUGCCGGAUCCGACUGGGCUGUCUGUCUGUGGGGUAAUGGAAAGAGGGAGGAAUUUGGAGUCUGAAGACAGGCUUUUGAAUUCUAGCUCCAUCACUUAGCACUUCUGGGACCCUUUUCCUCCUCUGUGAGAAGGACAAGAUGCUCGGCAAGUUCCUUUUCCCUGGGGGGUGAGGGAGCAUGCUCCCAGGUCUCCCCUCCCCAGCUCUGAGCCAGUAUAGAGGAGAAGGGGGCAGAACCCAAGAGGACCAGGCCAGCUGGACGAGCCAAGCUCCCGAACCUUAGCUGGUGACUUGGAGGCUCCAUGGAGAUAUUCUGGUCUCAGACUAGCCCUUCCAGAACUCGGCUCGGGGCUAAAGAAAAAACACAGGGCUUGGAGUCAGAAGCCUUGAGUUCCAGUCCAUACCUGCCUGAGUACCUUAUCAGAAGUUACCAAGUCUAUCAGACUCUCCAUUUAUACGGUUCUCAAGACCUCACCCGCUGCAGCACCUCCUCCACCUCUGGUCCUUCCCUCCUAGGUGGGCAUUUGGAUUUCCUUGUGUGGAGAGAAGGAGCUCUGAGGGGUGGAGGAGGGGAGACCCUCCCGGAGGAGCUGAAGGAGGAGGGGAGACCCUCCCGGAGGAGCUGGAGGAGGAAGGGAGACCCUCCCGGAGGAGCUGGACUACUCGGAGUCCAAAUUUAGCUGUGGAGCGCCUAAGGGGAGGGCGCCUUAAGCUAAACUCGUAUUUCUCCCUCUGUCUCCGUGCGCCUGGAGGUACUUUUUCUUUUUAGGACUCUGAAGGGACUCGUGUUCUGAAGCCACCCGGACCAACAAUUCUAGAAGCAGCGUUUCCGUCUGAAAAUCAGUAUUAAGGAAAAUGGUUCCCUGACCUGGGCCGUGGGAACUUGUUUUAUUUACGAAUAUAUCUACACAAUUAUACAUAUUUGAUCAUUAUUUAAAUAGAACCCGUUUCCCUUGCAAUUUAUGCAUUUAAAAACAUCCCAAAUCCUUUUGUCCACGACAAAAGUAGGGGCCAGAGCCCCUGAUUUCAAGGAGGUCAGGCAGGAACCCCGGGGCUUGGGGGUUGUAAGUGGCUCCGCGAAGCUGGACAGCGACUUUCGCUGGGGGCUGGACAGAGACUGCCCCAAGGCCGGAGCAGGGGGUGGCGGAGGGAUCUCUCACAGAGGAGUUGAGAGCCUGAGCCUGAGCCUUCCCCCCAGCCCCGCAGAGGAGGCUCUCCGCCUCCUCUCCCCCAGCCUCCUUCCACAUUCAGUGUUUAAUAGGCCUCCCCCCCAGGGGCAGUCCCGCUCCUGCUGCAGACUCGGGAGGGAGGGCCUGGGUGUGGGCCACACUUGUGCUCCGUAAUUUUCCUAAUAGCAGAGCAAAUACAAAUAGCAUCGAAGGGGAGACAGUUUGUAUGGAGGAAGCAGCCCGGAAAUUGUCGGGAAACCUGGGUCUUGCUAGUGACGGGGUCUUGCAGGCCCUCUCUGAGCCUCAAUUUUUUUUUCUUUCUGUAAAAUGGGAAUGCUAAUUACGAUAAUUGUAUAAAUAUGCCUGCGUAUAUUGGAUUUAACAUAUUUCUACCAUGUUUAACAUAUAUUGGACUACUUGCCAUCUGGGGAGGGCGUGGGGGAAGGGGGGCAAAAUUGGAACACAAGGUUUUGCGAGGGCUAAUGUUGAAGAAUCGUCCAAGCAUAUGUUUUGAAAAAUAAAAUGCUUUAAUUAAAAAAAA